AUGACGACGCGCAUGAAGGAUGACAAUGCAAAGGUGCGAGCCACUGCGUCCACCUGCCUGAACAUGCUCAGCCUCCAAGAGGAUGCUCUCUGCAGGCAGAAGCUCAGGCAGCGACACAAGGCAAAGAAGAAGAUUGACACCACGCGCGGUGAGCAGCCGGAGCUCGAUGAGGAGGCCUUGGACGAAGAGGAUAUUGACAUGCUCCGGGACAGCGUUCUGGAGCUGGAGGACAUUGCCAGACUUGUGAUUAAUUUGACGAGACAUGUGAGGGAUUAA